GAACUUUAUAGUAUAUAAAACUUGCUCAGACACCACCUAGCUUUAUUAUCCGUAUUAGCAGAUAAACUCAUAUAGCAAUCAUGACUGCACAGAAUUACAAAGUAGCUGACAUCAAGCUUGCCGACUGGGGUCGUAAGGAGAUCGAGAUCGCCGAGAAUGAGAUGCCUGGUCUUAUGUACCUACGCAAGACGUACGGACCCGAGCAGCCCCUAAAGGGAGCUCGCAUCGCUGGAUGUCUUCACAUGACUAUCCAGACCGCUGUGCUUAUCGAGACUCUUACCGCUCUAGGAGCUGAGGUUAUGUGGUCUUCAUGCAACAUCUUCUCCACUCAAGAUCACGCCGCCGCUGCCAUUGCCGCCACCGGUGUACCCGUUUUCGCCUGGAAGGGUGAGACCGAUGAGGAGUACAUGUGGUGUGUUGACCAGACCAUUGUUUUCCCCGACGGUCAGCCCCUUAACAUGAUAUUGGAUGAUGGAGGUGACUUGACCAACCACGUACACGAGAAGUACCCUCAGUACCUUGAGGGUAUCAAGGGUGUGUCUGAGGAGACCACCACUGGUGUACACAACUUAUAUAAGAUGUUCAAAACUGGAAAGCUAGCGAUGCCCGCUAUCAACGUAAACGAUUGUGUUACCAAGUCCAAGUUCGAUAACCUUUACGGUUGCCGCGAGUCACUUCUGGAUGGUAUUAAGCGUGCCACCGAUGUUAUGAUCGCCGGAAAGGUUGCCGUUGUUGCCGGAUACGGUGAUGUCGGUAAGGGAUCUGCCGCGUCUCUAAGAAACAUGGGGGCCCGUGUUAUUAUCACCGAGAUUGACCCCAUCAACGCUCUCCAGGCCGCAAUGGAGGGUUAUGAAGUAACCACCAUGGACAUCGCUUGCUCUGAGGGAAAUAUCUUUGUCACCACCACCGGCUGUGCCGAUAUCAUCACAUCUGAGCACUUCAUGAAGAUGCAAGAGGAUGCUAUCGUGUGCAACAUCGGUCACUUCGAUUGCGAGAUCCAGACCGCUUGGUUGAAUGUGAACGCCAAGAAGGACACCGUCAAGCCUCAGGUGGAUCGCUACACACUUUCCAACGGAACUCACAUCAUCCUUCUCGCUGAGGGACGUCUAGUAAACUUGGGAUGCGCCACCGGUCACCCCAGUUUCGUUAUGUCCAACUCCUUCUGCUGUCAGGUUCUGGCUCAGAUUGAGCUUUGGAAGCACACCAGCAAGUACGAGCUUGGUGUACACAUGCUGCCCAAGCAGUUGGACGAGCUUGUCGCCAAGGCCCACUUGGAGAAGCUUAACAUCAAGUUAACUACCCUUACCGCCAAGCAGGCUGACUACCUUGGCCUUCCCACCGAAGGACCUUACAAGCCCGAUCACUACAGAUACUAAGUUAUCUCUCUUGCGUAUGCACUGUUGUGUUUCCAGUCAUACGGUGUUGGACACUCUCAACCGCCGCUGGUCUAGUUGUGUGAUGGACAACCAACACUGAUGAAAUUAUGAAUGCAGGAUAACACAUGAAGAAAAGGUUAUCUGCCAGAUAUGAAUGAAUAAUAUUAAGGUUAGCUUAUCAGAGAGAAAAGUAUUAAAAGCAAGAAAUACUCUCACCCAAAGGCGCACCGCAUUUAUUA